AUGGCCUCGACCUCCAGCAGCUUCAACAAUGGCUUGCUCCCACCUCGUUCGACAAUACACGACCUCUUUCGAGCUCGACACCAAGCCGAAGCCGAGGCUCAAGCUGCCAAGAUACGUUCCCCAGCCACGAACAAGAGCCCGACCCGUCGCGCGUCAGCUCGGAACAAGUUGACUUCGCACACCAAAUCACGCCCGUUGUCGUCGUCCUCGUCGGCCACGAACAGGCUGGACAGGACAACGACCGGUACAAGUACAACCAAGAAGCGUAAAGCGGUGGCGGUGACUCCUCAUGUCGAUAGCGAUGAUUCCGAUAUCGAGAUCCUGCCCUCUACGCUCAAGUCGACCACGACGAGUGGGGUCAAGCGAUCGAAGGCGAUCACAAAGGAAGCUCCAACUACGGAUGGCAAGAACAAGUCGUCCGUACGGGCCGAGUCGAUCUCGAUUGAUUUGACUAUGGAGGAUGAAGAGGAGGUCUCAUCUGAGCAGGUAUCGGCGGAUGUGGCGGCCACCGAGCUUAACGCGAACCACGAUGACGACGAUGGCGAAGGCGAGGGGCAUCGAUCCCGAGAUGCCGUCGAGCGAGAACAGAGCUUUGGUCAAUGGGACAACGACGAGGGCGCUCACGAGGGCGAACAAGACCUAUUUUGGGAUCAAAGCGAUGACGACCACGACGAACCCUAUCGUCGUAGCGAGACUCCAAGCCGAGCAGCCCAGGCCAAGGACGAAAUGUGGGGUGAGGAAGGCAUGCUCCAAGACUCAGACGGCGACGAUGUCGUCUUUGCCGACGAGUUUGACGACCAACCCAUCACUGCGAUCGGGCAACAAGGUAGCUCCAAGGAUCUUGAACCAGUCCACGACCACGCCUCUUCCAAUCCUUCGACGUGCCCCAUCUGCUCCAUCUCGCUCGGCUUCAUGUCCAAGAAGGCAAGGGAAGCGCAUGCUAACACGUGUCUCGAUGAGUGCGACGACGACUCCGUCUCCAAGCCUGCCGGUCGAGGCAUAUUUUCUUCCAUGUUCGGGAAUCACUCGAAGCCUGCACCGACAUCGACGAAAGACAAGGGCAAGACUGUGUCAACCCCAGCCGACGCUCCGAGCAAUGGCCGACGACCCCUCUCGUCCUUCAUGCCUUCCUUCUCCUUCGGCGCUACCUCCUCCACUUCGAGCUCGGGGCCAGGUGCUCCCAAUGCUUUUACGGCCCUCAUGACGGGACAUGCCGAGACGAAGCAGUGGAAGCUCGCCGAGGAGGCGGACAAACAGAAAGGUCGAGUGCCAAAGGGCGAGUUCAAAAAGGUGCCGUUCUACAAAUGGGUCGAAGGGCUUCAAAUCACGGUCAGUUCGAAGCCUCUUUACAGAAUGUCAUUCGCACAGUGUCUAAAACCGGUGUCGAGGGUUGACACAGGUCGAUGCCUUUCGCUACAACGCGAUCCAAGGCUGCAAAGCCUACUUCCUCACGCACGCGCAUUCGGACCAUUAUCAAAACCUUUCGGCGAGUUGGGACCAUGGCCCGAUUUAUUGCUCCUACACGACGGCGAACUUGAUCAAGCUCAAGCUUGGCGUCAAGGACGAGUACCUCAAGCCGUUGCCGAUGAAUGAAACGGUCAAGGUUCAUGGGAUAGACGUGACGCUCAUUGAUGCGAAUCAGUGAGUGGGCUUAAGUUGCGGAUGGGUCGUUUGAAAAGGUGGAGGUUGAACUGAUGUGUGCUGCACAGCUGCCCUGGUUCGGUCCUAUUCCUCUUUGAGGGCCCCCACACCGAUCCGAAUAGUCCCUAUUCCAAGACGCCCUCGAGGAUCUUUCGGUAUCUUCACUGUGGAGGUCAGUCUCACCUUACAAGCGCGUUUGAUGACCCAGUCCUAAGUCACAUUCACUUCAAUCGCCUCGCCCAGACUUUCGCGCCGCACCCCCGCACGUUUUGCACCCGGCGGUGAAGAACAAGCGCAUCGAUAUCUGCUACCUCGACACGACCUACCUCGACUCCAAGUACUGCUUCCCCGCGCAGGAACUCGUCAUCGAAGCGUGUGCGCAGUUGGUCAGGGAGCGCGUCUUGGAGGGUGAUGAGGAGGCUUUGAAUCGACUUGCGGGGGAGGCGGAGGUCGGGAUGAGGAAGGGUAUGAAGGGCUGGUUGAGUGGGAGGGGGGUGAAGAAAGGGGAGGAAGAGGAGGAGGAGGAGGAGGGGAAGGCGGGGUUGGGGGUGGGCAAGGUGGAAGAUGAGGAGGAGGAUGAAAGGGUUAUGAGGGAGAUGGAGGAGGAGCAGGUGAUGAUGGGGGAGGAAGCGGAGAUGGUCAAGGCUGAGCAAGGUCGGGGAGGGGAGGUUGUCAAAGACGAGGAGGAACCUCUGGACGGUGCGAAGGAGGAGCGGAAGCCCAAGUUGGAGAAGGAGGAUUCGAAGAAGCCCAAGAAAGAGAAGCUGCUGGUCAUGGUCGGCACGUAUUCGAUUGGCAAGGAACGGAUCGUCAAGGGUGCGUGACAUGUGCAUAAUGUGCUGGCUCAAAAAUGUAUAGAGCUAACAUUGGAGCUUUUCUGUCAAUCAGGUAUUGCCAAAGCGCUCGGCACCAAGAUCUAUUGCGACGAGCGAAAAUCUGCCAUCCUGUCGGCGCAAGACGAUCCCGAACUACAUGCACUCAUGACGAGUGACCCGCUCGAAGGGCAGGUCCAUAUGUGCUGGCUUAAUAGCGUUAAUAGGGUAGGUAGAGAGAGAGACGUAACACUGUGAGGUGCUGGGCCUCUGAGCUGAAUGUUCCGCUUUUCGAGAUUGCAGGAUGCCAUGUCGGACUACCAUGCGCAGUACAGCGCCAAGCGGAUGGAAGGUGGAUACACGCAGGUCAUUGAACUUCGGCCCACGGGUGGGUUCUGGCUACUUUCGAAGAUGAAUAAGGCAUGAUGCUGACGAGAGUUUCUGCGUGGACUGACGAAUAGGCUGGACCUACAAAGCCGAGGGAUCAAAAGGAGAAAAGACGCCGACGAUCGCGAAGAUCUUGGAGCGCGAAAGGUUGCGCAAGUUCUCGGCUGCUGGGAUGUGUGAGUCCGCCGACGAAACAACGCCAUGGAUUGAACAGGAUCGCGAGGUGAACAAACUUAAUGAGCAAAACCCAUGCCCCAUCAUAGACCCCCAACGCGACUCGACCUCAACCUUCCUCGGUUACGGGGUCCCCUAUUCCGAGCAUUCGUCCUUCUACGAACUGACCUGCUUCGCCCUCUCGCUCGACUACGUCCGCAUGAUCCCGACGGUGAAUGUGCACACGCCUGCUUCAAGGAAAAGGAUGGACGAUUGGAUGACGCGGUGGAAGGCGGAGAAGAAGAGGAGGGCCGAUGCGAGGAUCCCGAGGUUGGUCGAGCCGAGGAGCGAGAAUUAUUGGUGA